CCAUGCUGCUGCGGAUGCAAAGCCUUUCCUUGCUGGAGCGGGACAAAGGUUUUGUUCUUCUCCCAACACUGCAGCCUUGUGCGGCCGCGGCGACAGGCAGCAGCCGCGCGGCUCCCACGCCACGGCGCAGAGGGGGAGUUUCUCCUCCUUUGUCUGCUCCCAGCAAGAGCAGCCGGGAAAGGGCCUCGCCAGGAGCCACGGAGGACGGCGGCCACCGUCCCCGCUGCCCCGGCACAGCUGCCACCAGCUCAGCCUCGCCACGUUGGGAACAAACCUACCCGCUACGGGCACCAAUCCCGGGGGAGCCAAGCUCUUCAUGACAGAAACCCGACCGGAGAGCGUCCGGAGCGGGGACGGCAGCUGCGCUUGGCGGCAUUGGGGACAAGGAGACCCACGCCCCAUCCCUGCUACUGGCCAUGGGAAACGGCAUGAGCCAGAUCCUCCCCGGCCUCUACCUUGGCAACUUCAUCGAUGCCAAAGACCUGGAGCAGCUUAGCCGGAACAAGAUCACCCACAUCGUUUCGAUCCACGAAUCUCCCCAGCCCUUGUUACAGGACAUUACCUACCUCCGCAUCCCCCUGCCCGAUACCCCUGAGGCCAACAUCAAGAGACACUUCAAGGAAUGCAUCAGCUUUAUCCAUCAGUGUCGCCUGCACGGAGGGAACUGCCUCGUCCACUGCCUCGCCGGCAUCUCCCGCAGCACCACUGUGGUCGUCGCCUACAUCAUGGCUGUCACGGAACUGAGCUUCCAGGAGGUGCUGGAUGCUGUCCGAACCAUCCGGCCCGUCGCCAACCCCAACCCUGGCUUCAGGCAGCAGCUGGCUGAGUUCGGUGGCGGCGCAGCCCGCAAGGUCCGCAGGCACCUGAAACAGAGGUAUGGGGCAUCCCCUUUCAACGAUGAGGAAGAAAUCAAGUCCCUGCUGCCGUCGAGGAGAGGAGGGCCAUCCAGAAGGGAGGGACCUCUGCAAGGACUGGUCCCAGGAGCCAGAGACAUCAGGGGCACGACUCCCUUCCUGCUGCGGGUGAAGAGGACGUUCUCCUGCAUCCCAGCUUGCCUGAAGUGACCCCAGCCAUGGGAGAGCAACAAGAAUCACCCAACAGCUUGGGAGAGAUGAAGGAGCCGGAGCAUUGCGGGCUGGGGGAGUGCUGUGCAGGGGAGCCUUGCCAACCCCAACUCCUUCUUCUCUUCUGGGAUGGGAGCGUGCCAACCUCCGUCCUGGCUUUCAGCUGUCGGGGAGGGACUCGUGUGCACUGCUGGGCUCUGCCACUCUCAGUGGGCUCAGCCUCUUCAUGUCCAGCGUAUUGGGGACACCUGGUGAAAGAGCAGCUGAUGGCCAUUGGAUCACUGUGGGCUCCUGCUCGGGGCAGAGCGACAGAGAGGGUUUCUCCUGCUGCAGGGCCAGCACCCAGGUGAUACCAGCAGCAGCUUUAGCCCUUGGGUGCCCGCUGCAUGGGCCUCAGGAUGCACAGGGUGUGGGAGAGCUGACAUUGCCCUCAGUGUGUUUUUCCCACCAGCAGCACAAGCUCCCAGAGCCGAGUGGCUGCAGAGCAGGGACACGCAGGUGCAUUGACAGACAAUGUCACUGCACUGGCUUCCAGGCAAAGGUCCAGCUCCAGCCCGGCCAAGCACACGCCCUGAGCAAGCACUGCAGCUUUAGGAGUCCAUCGCACCCCAUUCCCACCCCUCCUAGGGCACAAUCUUUACAAGGUGGGAACCAAGCAUUUAACCUGGCCAGACCUCACUAAAGCAGAGCCUUAAGCCAUUUUGCUUAAAGACUUUCUAUGCCCCCCCAGUAAUAAACACUUUUUCUCUGCAGUCUGCCUGGGGUGCAGCCUGACUCCCCUGUGAUGGCUGGGUCAGGAGGGGAUGCUGAAGAGGAAGGUCCUGGCACAGGGCAG